GGUUUAUGGGCGGAGCCAUGAGCACUGUGGAGCCACGAGCACCGUAAACAUGGCAAUCCAAGAGCAAAACGCUUAUAAAACUCGCUCGGACUUUAACUUUCCACACAGUUAUACUGUAGUCAGUCAUAAAGUUAAGAGAGCAUUAAUAACGCGAUGACCAGAGUUUUAUGGCUUCAUUUAUUAAGCUGAAAGUUUGUUCUCCUGUUGUGGAGUCUGUAGCGCUUUGACUUCAGUGGAUUAUAGAAAAAUAUUUAUUGUUUGCAUUUAUUUGUAAAAGCGAUUAGUUUGAAGUAAGGAUGUGUCUAUCUAAAUCUACAACAGCGAUUGUGCUUUUAGUUCUGGGAGGUUCGGCUGUGUUGUUCGGGACUGUCCUUGUGUUUGUCGGACCCAUUAUCAUAGAUGACCAAAUAGUAAAGAAUGUCCAGAUUAAUCCAAAGAAUGAUCUCACCUACACUAUGUGGAAAGAUAUCCCAGUUCCCUUCUUUAUGUCGGUGUAUUUCUUCAAUGUUCUCAAUCCUGAUGAGAUCCUAAAGGGAGAGAAGCCUAUGCUUCAACAGAGGGGUCCGUACGUCUACCGUGAGCAACGCUGGAAAGACAACAUCACAUUUCACGAUAACAACACAGUGACUUAUCUUGAAUAUCGACGGUAUUUCUUUGAGGAAAGCAUGUCUGUGGGGAAUGAGUCUGAUGUGGUCACCAUCCCCAACAUGCUUGUGCUGGGCGCGUCGAUAAUGAUGGAGAAUAUGCCGUAUCCUGUUCGGGUGUUGCUCAGCACCACAUUUAAAACCUUUAAAGAGGGACCAUUCCUGACUAAACCGGUGGGAGAACUCAUGUGGGGCUACGACAGCAAGUUGGUGGAUUUCUUGAACAAAUUUCUGCCCGGCAUGCUGCCGACCAGCGGGAAGUUUGGCUUGUUUGCUGAGUUUAACAACUCCAACACUGGGCAGUUCACCGUCUUCACUGGCCGUGGUGACAUCAGGAAUGUUCAUAAAGUCGAUUCUUGGAACGGUCUGAAAAUGGUAAAUUACUGGAGUACUGAACAGUGUAAUAUGAUCAAUGGUACAGCAGGGCAGAUGUGGCCUCCAUUCAUGACCACCGAGUCAACACUGCCUUUCUACAGCCCUGAUGCAUGCAGGUCCAUGGAGUUGGUCUACGAAAGACCAGGUGUGUCACAAGGCAUCCCUGUUUACCGUUAUGUGGCCCCAAAGACUCUGUUCGCCAACGGUUCAGAUUAUUCACCCAAUGAGGGCUUCUGUCCGUGCAGACAGUCGGGUCUUCUGAGCGUCAGUACCUGCAGACACGGUUCUCCCGUGUUUAUGUCUCAUCCACACUUUUAUAAUGCUGAUCCUGCACUGUUGAGCACUGUCUAUGGACUCAGUCCAAAUGAAGACGAUCACGGGCUUUUCAUCGAUAUUCACCCGGAGACUGGAGUGCCCAUGAACGUGUCCAUCCGGUUACAGCUGAAUCUGUUGAUAAAGAGCGUGCCGGACAUCUCAGAAACGGGGAAUAUAGAGGAGGUGGUGAUACCCAUGAUUUGGUUUGGAGAGAGCGGGUACAUUGAUGGUCCUGUCCUCAACACGUUUCGUACCAAUCUGGUUGUGCUGCCCAUGGUAAUGGAGUACAUGCAGUAUAUCUUCAUUGCUCUCGGACUCGGUCUUAUUCUGGGAGCCGCAGUGUUAUUCUUCAUAGAUAAGAGAUCCAAAGAUGAGAAGAAACUUUCACAGAUACAGGCGGUGCGUGGAGUGCACAAACAAACACUCUUGACUUCAUCAUCACAUCUUCUGCACUGAUCUGUCCUUCAUAUUGCAUCAGAAUGUAUAAAAAGUAAGAAGGUGUGCGUCCAGUCCGGCACAGAUGUGGAUUCAGACAGCGAGAAGUCUCCUCUAUUACAGAAUGCAGAAACAUAAGGCAGCCGUCUACAUCACACCUGCCAUUUAUAUAAAAAACAAAAAAAACACUGCCUUCCAAUCCCCUGAGCAAGACAUGUUUAUUAAGUGUCAGGGUUGAUAGGAACUGGACACAAACCUGUAAAGACUUCUGGAGCUGCCACAAUAAAUGGGGAUUUGAACUGUUA